AUGAUCGAUCCAACCUCCCCAAAUGUUUCGCCUAAAAAAUCCUCAGAGUUAUCAUUACCUUCACAAGAUUUAAACCUUAAUAUUAAUAAACCGCAAUCUGUAAGAAAUGAAGUUGCCAGAUUAAAUAUUAAUGAGACUGAUAAUGUUAAAACGGAUAUAGUGAAUUCUUUGAAUUCCAGCCUUCAAACUAUUCCAUAUCCUACCACCACCAGUAGUAGUAAUCAUGUGAAAAGAAGAAGAUCCAGUGCCACUUUAAGUAGUAACCAAUUACUAAAUUUAAAUUCAACAAAUCAAUCUAAUGAGGAUCAAUUAGAACAAAACAGUGUUACCUUAGGUAAAAUUGCAAAAAAGAAGAAAAGAAAUUCUUCCGAUAGGCCAUUUGACAUUAAAAUUCUAGAUAAAUUUUUCUAUUAUGAGGAACCUAACAAGAAUCAUACUAAUAAAAAAACAGACCAUGACAAUGUAAAUAACUUAAAACAAAAUAUUAAGAAAAAAUAUCGUAUUUCAAUUAAAGAUAUAAGAGACCUAAUUUUAUUUUUAAUGUAUGGUACCAAUAACUCCCCGCAAUGGGUAAAUAUAUCAAACAGAAGCUCUCUAACGAAACUUGUAGUUUUAUUUAUCCCGGGACUAGAACCACAAGAUUAUAAUUUACCUGUUGGCUCUUCAUUUUUUCUAAAUAGUGGUAAAUUAAGAAAACAGAAGUUACAAUAUUCAAGGUUAACAACUGAUAUUGCAAAAUCACAAACUUUUACACAUUUUGAAAAUACUGCAGUCUGUGCACCUGGCUCAAGAUUAUCAUUAUUUUCUGCAUAUAAUACUUUUGUUAAUGUUGGCUUAACGAAGAAUGAAAAGAUUGCCUUAAAAAAUGAAUUGUCUAAGAAGAAAGUCACUGUUUAUGAUCUUUUGUUGCCAUUAUCUAAGUUAUUGGAAAAUAAUUAUCCGAUUCAUGUUGAUACCCCUAAUAUUAGUGACGACUAUAAAACAAAACUAAUUGAAAUCCAAAGGAAUGAAGAGUCAUCAAGCAUAUGGGUUGAUACAAAACCAAGUCUCGAUGAUAGUGAAUCACAUAUCUAUGGGCUAGAUUGUGAAAUGUGUAUGUCAGAAACUGGAUUUGUAGUAACUCGUGUCAGUUUAGUAAAUUUCCAAAAUGAGACAAUCUAUGAUGAAUUAGUGAAACCUGACGUUCCUAUAACUGAUUAUUUGACUAAAUAUAGUGGUAUCACCAAAGAAAAAUUGGAUCCAGUGACCAGAUCUUUAAAAGAUGUCCAACAGGAUAUUAUAAACCUCAUAAGUAGCAAUGAUAUCCUUGUAGGUCAUUCACUACAAAGUGAUUUAAAUGUUCUAAAAUUGAGACACCCAAAGAUAAUAGACACUGCAAUAAUCUAUGAUCAUAAAGCAGGUCCACCGUUCAAACCAUCUUUAAAAUUUUUAGUCUCUGAAUAUCUAAACUACAGUAUUCAAGAAGAUGUAAAUAAUGGUCAUAAUUCUAUUGAAGAUGCGAAGGCAUGCAUCAAUUUAUUAAAAUCUAAAAUUUUACAUGGGAUGGCAUUUGGUAAAUCCGUUGAUACAGAGAAUUUGUUUGAAAGAUUAGCCAAAAAAUCAUAUAAAAGAGCAAUUUUAUUAAAUGAUUCUGUUGUCACAAAUGUAUCAUCUGCUGAUUCCAAUUAUAUAUCAUGUGUGCGCUGUCAAUCAGACAAAGAAAUCAUGGAAAAUAUUAUAUCGCAAUCAGAAAAAUAUGAUUUAUUUGUCGGUAGAUUAAGAGACUUAGAAUUUGUCAGACAAUAUUCCACGCCGUCAUUACUCUCAAUGAGACAAGUACCUUCUAUUGAAGACAAUGGAGAAACAAAUAUUGAAGAUGUGAUAAUAGAUAAUUUUUUAAAGGAAUUAGAUUCACUAUACAACAAUUUACCAUCGAAUUCUUUAAUAGUUUUAUUAAGUGGCAGUGGAGAUACUAAGAAUUGGACAAGGUUAAUGAAUGAAUUAAAUAAAUGUGAUACAAAAGAGGAAAAGAUGAAAAAAAGAGAAUCUUUAGAGAAUGACAUUGAAAAAUCUGUUGUUAAGGCAAGAGAUGGUGUGGCUACUUUUAUAGUCAAGAAUUAG